AUGCUCGUCCACAUCCGUCUCCCCGCCCCACUCGGCGUGCGCAUCCUCGAUGUGGCCGCCUCGACCCCAGCUUCGUCGCUGGCCGAAGAGUGGGGACCCGAAGCGUACAUCCGCACGCGCGCCGGCCUCGUCUCGCCCGACACUCCCAUCUCGGACCUCGCCCACGCGUCCAACCCCGACUUCCCCGUCGACCUCGAGGUGUGUGCGCGCAUUCUCGGCGGCAAGGGUGGUUUCGGUGCCAACCUCCGCGCGGCCGGUGGACGCAUGAAUGCUAGCAAGAGCACAAACUUUGACUCGUGCCGUGACCUCAACGGCAGGCGACUGGGCACCAUCAAGGAGGCGCAGAAGCAAUCAGACCUUAUUGAGAGCUUGCCAGAGCUCCAGGCCAAGGCUGCGGCCGAGUCCAAGGCCAAGCUCGAGGCACUGGAGCGCAAGCUCGGCGUGUCGUCGGACGAGAUUGGCGCCAAGAAUGGCGACGGCAGCAAGCGCCUGGCGGAGGUCGAUGUCGAGGAGCUCGCGCGCAAGAAGCACAAGUUUGACGACAACAAGUUUAUUGAGGAGAGCCGUGAGAUCAAGGAGAAUGUCCGCAGCGCCGUCGGUGCCGCCCUUCUCAAGAAGAGGAAGAAGAAGGCUGCCGAGGCCGCGAAGGACUCGACCACGGCCAAGCCCAAGGCUGCUGCGACUGCCAAGAAGACCGAGACCAAGGCCGCCAUGCCCCCGCCCAAGGUGGCCACUGUUGCGUAG